AUGGAACAACAUAAAUUGCGCUACCUAAAUGGUCUGAUCAAACGAAAGGAGGAAGAAAAAGGUGCAUCCAGAUUUGACCAAUUAAGGGAGUAUCUUGGGGUUUUAGACGAAUUGGAAGACCAGGCUCGUGGUUACUAUGCAGACCCCGUCGCUCUCGAGAAAAAUGACUUCCUAGAAAUGCUGUUACUUGAUGGCUGCUUUAUCAUUGAACUGUUCCGUGAAGCCGCAUGGAGUGAUUAUCGACAUGAAACAGAAAUGGACCCUCUCUUUAAAGCUGAUUGGGUAGAGAUAACCUUAGGGAGAGAUUUAAUGUUACUUGACAAUCAAAUUCAUUCUUUGUUCUGGAGCAUCUACGUUCUAUUAUUGGUGACUUGCCUGACCCACUCGUCCUUAUUUAUACGGCCAUGGCUUUUCUCCCGGUAUAUGGGCCCACUUGAAGAUGACAUUGCAUUACUAAGCAUCUCCAAUCUUGCGAUACGACCACUUUUCUUGCCUAUACCUCCAUUGCAAGGUAGACGACCAAAACCAGAGAGUCUUAGUGAUUUCAAGCAUCUUUUGGAUCUUGUCCGCAAGUUCAUGUUGGUUGAGGAGAUCUUGGAAAUGAAAGACGAAAGUGCCUUACCACCUCAGCAAGGGCAGAGAGCAUUGACAGAAUCCACUUCUGUGAGUACUAAAAAGUACAAGUACUCUGCCAUGGAGUUACGCAAUUUAGGAGUUAGAUUUAAGAGUGUGGCGAAAAGCAAAUUUUAUGAUAUCACAUUUGAAAACGAGCUUUUAGAGAUUCCAGUCAUCCAUAUAGAAGAUGGUACAGAAGGGCGAUUUCAAAAUUUAAUCACAUGUGAAGAACAUUAUGGCCAAGAAAAUAAAUAUAUUGGAGACUACAUGAGUUUCAUGGACGGUCUGGUAAAUACCCCAAAGGAUGUUGAGCUGCUUCGGCACCACGGGAUAAUCGAAUGCUUCAUGGGUGAUGAUGAAGUUAUCGCUACCAUGUUCAACAAUAUGUGCAAACAUCGGAUACUUUCAAACUUUUAA